AUGGAUGAAGAGGCUGUCCCUCUAGGACACGACGUUCAAGUCGUCGAUCCAGACGUGCGUAACUAUGUCUACGGUCUGGUUACUGCUCUGGGAGGCUUCAACGGUGAAAAUGCCGACCAAUAUGUUCUCGGAGACGAUGCUCUGGCAUGUUUACGCGACAUUAAACGCUGGCUGAAAUUGUACGAUGAAAAGAACAACCGAAUGGACGUCGCCCGAUGCCUCGGAGAGGCCAACCUGGUCAACGGUGAUCUGUUCCCGAUCCUUUCGCUUUGGUGGGCUACCGGACAGAAAAGCAAGCAUAUGUCUAGGAUUGCACUGGCAUGCUUGGAGCUUCUGGUUCCAUUGACAUGGCCUGUCGAAUUCCAUAGCCAGAUGACAGUCAACCACCAUCGCCAUACCCCCUUCAUCCAACAGACACAGGUUCAGUACAAACGCGGCGCUCUCAAGUCUGGCGGAGCGAGUCUACUCCGCGCAGCUAUCCGAAUUGCCCUUCCAAGCAUGGCGAUACCCCGGUCCGAGCGUGGCGCACGAGACGAGGGAAUCCUCAAGUUGUUAUUGUACUUCCUCCGAAACAUUGCGAUAAUAUCCCCCAAUACCAGACUUGCGGCAGAAGGCGAUGAGGAGGAGACAUCGAGGUCUGCAACAAUAAACGCUUUCCACGAGCAAGAUGCAUUUGCACUCCUCUUGACCAUGUGUUCGAAUGUCGGGGAUGAUUUCAAUCUCCAGGAUAUCCCCCUGAUGGAGACACUCUUCCAUCUUGUAAAGGGUGUCAAUGUGGAAAAGUUGUUUAUGGACGACGAGCAAAGAAUAAACAGGCGGACGGACGAACUCAAGGAUUUAUUGAACAAAGAGUCGAUGGUACGGAGAGAAUACGCAAAGAAUGCGCCUACACGCCAUGGAAGAUUCGGUACAAUGAUCUGGGUCAAGCGAGACGACGCCAAGAUGUCCACUGUCUCUGGACAGAGCGUUUUACGAGAUGACCAGACCACCCUUCAAAAGAUGGACGAGAGCAAGAAAUGGAAUAAACCUCGACCCCGCCGCAAGCAAGAAAAUGAGGCUCAAAACAUCAACUUCAACAUGCCCGCUCAUCUUAAUUCCGAGGCGACGCGGAAUUUGCGGACCUUCGUGGAGGAGUUCCUUGACUCCGGGUUCAAUCCGCUCUUUACUCAUGUGCGGAGAGCGAUCGAGCGCGAAGCCGAGCGAGUGUUAGAGAUCAACACCCGUCAAUUCUUUUACACAGUCGGUUGGUUCCUGGAAGCAGAGCGUGUGCGUCGGGCUCGACAGCUCCGCCAGCGCAAUGCUCAGAAGGAAGGAAGGACCAAGGAGAUUGAACCAGACAGCUAUGGUCUAGUUGCUGGCGUGCUCAACCAAGAGACCUUCAUUGCUCUGAACCGGGCCAUGCAGAGUAGCCUAGACAACAAGGACUGGGAAGACCUGAAUGCGCAGAUGCGCUGCUUCACGCAAAUCCUGUUGACCGUCCAGGAAAUGGCGGCCUCGCCGCUCGAGGAAGAUCAGGAAAUUGCGGAAAAUAUUCAAAACCGCAUUUUCUACGAAGAAACGACCCAUGACCGAAUCAUUUUCAUCUUGCGAGGAUAUAAAGACCAAGGAUUUGGCUAUCUAGAUGCCUGCACCGAGCUGGCACAUGUGUUCCUGCGAAUGCUGGAGCGGUAUUCCAAAGACAAUGCCGACAUGCAAAUUCGCUCUCGGCGAAAGGCCAAGCGGAAGCAAAAGAAGGCCGCGGAAGCCGAGCAAGGAGGAGCAAAUGAUGACGAGGAGCGCAAUUCCGAGGACGAAGAUAUAGAGGAGGCUGCCCAAGUCACCAGGGAGCGCAAUUUUGACUUCAAGCGUUUUGCCGCCAAGUUUUGUAACCAAGCCUGCGUGGAUACCUUUGUCGCAUUCACUGCUUUCUAUAAAGAACUUAACGCCGAGCAGCUCAAACGGGCCCACCGUUACUUCUACCGGAUUGCUUUCAAGCAGGAGAUGACUGUCUUGCUGUUUCGGGUUGAUAUUAUCAACCUUUUCUAUCGAAUGAUCAAGGGGCCGGGACCUAUGGACUCAAGCAAGCCCGUGUUCAAGGAGUGGGAGGAACUGGUUCGUCAAAUCAUUCGGCGACUGAUCAAGAAACUGGAUCAGCGUCCUGCUUUGAUUACCGAACUGCUGUUCAGCAAGAUCAACUCUACUGUUUACUAUCUUGAGUAUGGACAUGAGAAGCAAACCAUCGGCACCUCCAAGCGUCCUCCGCCAGAGCUUGUGAUUACAUCACCAGAGGCGGAUACGAAGGAAGCGAAGCUCCAAAUUGUGAUCGGUGCUCUUGUCCUCGAUGGAAGAGCGGAUUUGGUAAACUGGAUCAAAGAUAUUUUGACCUCCGCAGCCUCUGAAAGAGACGACUGGGAAACCCAAGAAGAAGCCCGUCGCGCUGAAGACCCCGAGCAUGUCAGCGCUCCUAAUCCAAUGAUCACUGUCAAGGGCAAGAACGAGUUUGUCCAGAACGCCAUGUUCGCUAACGCAAAGCUGCGUCUGCUCAUGACUGUCGUCGGGUUCGAACGACUGGGCGUCGAAGAUGUGCCUGGUGCCGCUUGGGUUGUUCCAGCGUCCCUCAAGGCCGACGACUUGCGCGAAACAGUUUCGGAAAUGGAAAAGAUCGUCCAAAACCCAAUCACCAAUGACGACGACGAUCCCCGCACGCAUCUCAAGCCGAAAAACAGAGACACCGGACGUGCUGCCCAAACCACACUUGAUGUCAACUUCGGAUCAGACUCUGAAGGCGAGGACGUCCCGGAUGGCCCUCUAUUCCCGGCGAAUCCGCGGUCUAAGUCAAGUGCUCUGGAUGAUCUCAAGAAGAAACGCAAGAAGAAGCAGAGAGCCCCCACGGAGAGGGAGCCGCUGGACGACGAAACCCUGGAAGAGCGGCGCAAUGCUCGACUUGCGAAUGCUCUGUCUCGGCAAGCGAAGAUUAAAAGUGACCUGUUCAUUCACGCCAGUGACGAUGAGACCGACGAAGAGGCCGACAAGGAAUUCUUCCGCCUCGAGGAAGAACGGCGCAAGAAACAGGCGCAUGAAGUCAAGAAGGCCUUGCUCACCGGAACUGCCGAACAAUCAAGCAAGACCAAAGGCAAGAAAUCUGCUGCCCGCAAGCGAACCAGUGACACUGGCACUUCAGCGGCAAAAUCAAAGCGACAACGCCGUGAUUCGAGUGCUUCUUCUAGUGGCAUUGAGAGUGAUGCCGACGGGGACAUCCUCAUGGCGGAACUAGACGCUCAGUCUGCUCACUCCCAGCAAGAGGCCUCGACUAGCCAUGGUGCCGGGGAGGAUGGAGAUACCCCUCUCACAGAUGACGACGAUCUUUCCUUCGAUGAUGAUUUCGCCUUCUUGCGGGAGAGCAAUACUAAGGCUCCUCAGCCCGUGGCUGGAGAUGAUGACGAGGAGGACGCACCCGUGGCCCCGGCCCGAAGACGCAUUCGUGGUGGGUUCGUGAUCGACAGUGAUUCUGAAUAG